AUGAGAGAAAUUAUCCAUUUGUCUACUGGCCAGUGUGGUAACCAGAUUGGUGCUGCCUUUUGGGAAACCAUUUGCGGCGAACACGGUUUAGAUGCUGACGGAAACUACCACGGAACAGACGACAUCCAAAAGUCCAGACUCAACGUCUACUACAACGAAGCAAGCAGUGGAAAAUACGUGCCAAGAGCAGUUCUCGUUGAUUUGGAGCCAGGCACCAUCGACACUGUCAAAUCGUCAGAGUUUGGUAACUUGUUCAGACCAGAUAAUCUCAUAUACGGCCAAUCUUCCGCGGGCAACGUUUGGGCUAAGGGCCAUUACACAGAAGGUGCCGAACUGGUUGACUCUGUUUUGGACGUCGUCAGAAGAGAGGCUGAAGGCUGCGACUCCUUGCAAGGUUUCCAAAUCACCCACUCCUUGGGUGGUGGUACCGGUUCUGGUAUGGGUACUCUUUUGAUUUCCAAGAUCAGAGAGGAGUUCCCAGACAGAAUGAUGGCCACCUUCUCUGUGAUGCCUUCUCCAAAAGUCAGCGACACCGUUGUGGAGCCAUACAACGCUACCUUGUCUAUCCACCAACUGGUCGAGAACUCGGACGAGACCUUCUGUAUCGACAACGAGGCCUUGUACGACAUUUGCGUCAGAACUUUGAAAUUGAACCAACCAUCCUACAACGACUUGAACCACCUUGUGUCCUCAGUUAUGUCUGGUGUCACCACUUCGCUCCGUUUCCCAGGACAAUUGAACUCCGAUCUCAGAAAGCUUGCCGUGAACCUUGUGCCAUUCCCAAGAUUGCACUUCUUCAUGGUUGGCUAUGCUCCGCUGACCUCCAUCGGAUCGCAAUCUUUCAGAUCGCUGACUGUCCCUGAACUGACCCAGCAAAUGUUUGACUCUAAAAACAUGAUGGCGGCUUCCGACCCAAGAAAGGGAAGGUACCUGACUGUUGCUGCUUUCUUCAGAGGUAAGGUUUCUGUCAAGGAGGUCGAGGACGAGAUGCACAAGGUCCAGACCAAGAACUCCGACUACUUUGUCGAAUGGAUUCCAAACAACGUUCAAUCUGCCGUUUGUUCUGUUGCUCCAAAGGGUCUCGACAUGUCCGCCACGUUCAUUGGAAACUCGACCUCCAUCCAGGAGCUGUUCAGAAGAGUUGGCGAUCAGUUCAGUGCCAUGUUCAGAAGAAAGGCGUUCUUGCACUGGUACACCUCCGAGGGUAUGGACGAGAUGGAGUUUACCGAGGCCGAGUCCAACAUGAACGAUCUUGUCAGCGAGUACCAGCAAUACCAGGACUCCAACGACAUUGACGAGGAAUUGGACUACGCUGAUGAGGCUCCGUUGGAGGAUAUGAUGGAGUAA